GCACCCGAACGGAUCUCUCGGCGGUAAAAUGAAGUUAUGGUACCUGACUUGCGCUCUCCUGGCCAGCUGUGCUGUGAUCUGGGCCGCUAGCAGUGAAGAAGCGGAAGAACCCGAGGAGGAAGAGCAAGGAUCUGGGAAGAUGUCCAAGCAGCACCAUCCUGGACAAGGAUUCAAACUCAUAUCCUUCGAUGCGGUGGGCAAGCACAUAGCCUUGGGUCUGGACUAUCUAGUACCCUUCCUUGAGGUUCCUGUAAAACGAAAGCGAAAUGCACCACCUAAGCCCCUAGUUGUAGUGAACUCGGCGGCAGUGGUAAGCUGUGGGCUAGUGGUGGCUGGAGGAGUCCUAGUGGGCCACCUAAUCCGGAGCUUGGGAUUGGAGGCCAUUACAGGGGAUAAUCCCCCGCCUAUUUUUGGGAAUUCUUCCCUCCAUAAACCAAAGUCUUCGGAGGAGGACACGCCCUCCUCCACACCAGCACCUAGUUCUACCAACGCCACAGCCAGAGGACUUUUCGAUGAUAAUUUAAGUUUCCCUGGAAUCUUUGAGAACUUCAAGCUGAUCUAUCGCAAUGAAACUGGAGAUCGUGUGGCGACAAGCCUUCCCAAUAUCUUAACCAUAAUCGAGAAAACUUUCCUCAAGAGCGACGUGGAUCUAUCUGUCUGCCUGCUGAAAUCCAUUUGCACUUUGACCCACAGCGCAGGAGAAAAGGUACUUAGAGGUCAGGCUUCGGAUAUGGAGCACCUAUUGGAUGGAGCCACCAAAUGGUCCUGGCUGCUGGCCUGGUUUGAGCAAUCCGCUUUUCGGGAUGCCAUCGAAGCAGGGAAAGUGCAAUCCCCCCAUCACUGCGCCCUCAAAUAUCCGGAAUGCAAGUGGAUAGCUCCUGAAGAGCAGAUCCUGGAGCUGUUGCGCAAUAAUGUGCAGUUUAAAUAG